CCAAAAUUCGAAAUGGCGAAUAUCAACCAACCAGCACCAUCGCGUGUAGCUCCAACGCUGCUCGAUAUUCUUGAGCAAUAUGGCAUUUUCAACGCGCUCUGCUGUCGUUUGGACACUGCUUCUCUGUUUGCUCUUCGACGCGUUACCAAGAGUCUGCAUGGCGACUUCGCUGCUCAUGCUAAGGAGAGGUGGAAUGUCAAUCGACGCUUAAAGCACUUUGUGAAGCAUCCACAAGGUCUCCGGACGAUGAUGGCUCGUUAUAAUGCCUUGAUUUCGGGAAGCUUCGUGAUUCAGUUCUUCGAUGAUGAUUUCUGGAAAGGCUCUGAUCUUGAUAUUUAUGUUGAGAGAGAAGCAGCGGCAGCAUUUGGGACUUAUUUGGCACAGAACGAGGAAUAUCGAUUUGAGAAGUCAUCCACCAUUGAGCAUAAUUAUGACCUGUCAGGAAUAUAUAAGACCGAUACAUAUCUUCGCGGCGAAAAAGACAGUGGCAAUGAGACCAAAAUACAAAUUAUUUCAACGAGAAGUAUACCUGUUAGCUGUAUGCUAGGUUGCUUCACUAGUACUGCCGUCAUGAACUUUAUGUCAUGGAAUGCAGCUUACUCGAUGUUUCCAGAACUAACGUUCCUUGAGCCUCGCAGGCAGCUCAAACUCUGUACUGGUCAGGAGGAUGACAACGAGAUGGAAAGAAUCCAAGCACACGUCGAAAAGUAUCGGAAAUUAGGCUGGAAACUCCUCCCUCAGCAAGACACCAAAGAAUCACCCUCUCCAUCCUUGCAGGUCGAAAGAACACGACGAGUCGGUGAUCAUUUCUCAUGGAAGUUGGCCCUAGAUGUCGAUGGUGUUCAGCCAUCCUCGGUUCCAGAUUACGUUCUUGAGCAUUGUCACUUCGGAAUAAGGUGUAGUAAUAAUUCUAUGGGCACGGAAGCCAGGGAAGAGAGCUACGAAUCUGGAGCAUACGACCUCACAUCCCAUGUUCUCAAGUACAAAUAUACAUAUUCGACCAGCAAAGCAGAUUUCUGGCAUGCAUUCAUGUCUACGCGGCUGCAUGGGUUGAUCAUAGCUGAGUUGAGAGAAGUGGAUGAGGACACACUUCCAGCAUUUUUAGAUCUUUCGGCUCCGGAUGGCACCCGCAAUUCAACAACUUCAUGGCACGUUUCGUGAAACCAGAGACCUGGAAGUUCUACGACGAGCAGAUUCCCGCGUGGUGCGAUGAAUGGGAAAAGGGACGAUGUCUGGGCGAGUUAGUGGAGCAGAUGGCUGCUGUAAUUAUUCAAGGAACUGCUGAGGCUCAAGGAUAGGAUAUGCUAGCUGGUUUGCGUUCAUCAACAUUUGAUCUAAAAUCGAGGGAUUUUCUUUGGACGAAUUUUGUCAGAUACAUCCGUUGAUACAGUGCACAAGGUUACUGUAGCAUUUACAAGCGUGCUCCUGAGCGAAGAAGACGUAGGCUUUGGUCUUGUUUGUGACACAAUGUGCAUUUCUUCGGAAUCCGGCGUUUCUGAGGAAACGAUCUUGUGGCGACAAAUGACUCACUGAAUUCUUGAGCACACGAUAUUAACAGAUCAGGGAGACGAUGUGUUCUGAAGGCACAAAUAGUUUUGAGAUUCUUCAUUG